CGACGAAUACAGCAAGCGGUCUUUUUCCUAUCCCGCGCUUAAAGAUCAACUUAUUGGAAUAGAGUAGGGCGGGAAAACCAGCCCUACGUGAAGUUGUUCCCCCAAACACACUACGACGAGUGCUAGCCGUGCUGCAAAAGUAUUGACCAAUGAGCGAACAGCGCAUCGCUUUCCUAAUCGAGCCUUGGGAUUGACACAGGGUGGAAUGACCCGGUCGACUCUUUAGACUCCGCGGCAUCUCUAUACCAUGCUAUCUUUCCAGACCUCAGCCGCAUGCUGCGGACGGUGCGCGAAUGAUGUCUCUCACGAAGACCGACGGUCGUCCCGACCUGGCGAACUCCUGCCCAACACAGUAUGGCGUCCGCAACGGGAGCCUGGGGCAAGGACCGCGGCCACGGUCUGGGUCGCAACGUGGCUGUCGGCUGGGCCGUCAUAAAGAUGCCGACGACAACGACCUUACUUCACUCCGUUUGAAGAUCUCUUACGGCGCUGAGCAUGCUCAGAUGGGAACACCGUUGUCUGGCAAUCGCCACAUCACGCCUCAUAAUGGUCUUUUCCUUUCGUCGACUUGCGGCAGCCGCAAAGAUGAUCGACCACUCAAAGCAUGGCCUGGCUAUAUAAAAUUGUCUCCUCAUCACUUCAAGAUUCGAAAAGCGGACGACUCUCUGGAAGACACAUGCCCAGCGGGCGUUGCAACCUCGAAACGAAGUCUGUCUGGUCGAUGCGAUCAACUCCCGCCACCAUCAGCUGAGACAACACCACACAAGAUGGUUUACAAAGGCAGGCCGUCUGCAGGUUGUGAGAAUUGCAGAAAGAUGAAGAAGAACUGUGAUCAGAAGCUACCCGCCUGCUCACGAUGUGUUCGUAUGGAUAAAGCGUGUGGGGGUUAUCGCAACAUUUCCGAUCUUAUGUUCAAAAAUGAGACGGAGAGUGUCACGCGCAGGGCAAGCGCUGCAAGCGCACAAAGUGAUCCCGGGCCCAGUCUAUCUUCGUGCACGCUCGCUCGGCAGAGCACGCCUGAUAUCCAAGCCUCGUCGAAGCAAUUUUUCUUCGAGCACAUCGUCUCUGACUCUCACUUGGCCUUCCUGAAAGGCACGUCACCCGACGACUUCCUCCUGAAGCCCAUCAUGGCUUGCGCGCUGGCUGCGAUGGCGAAUCGCGAUGAUAGCGACGAUGGCAGAGCAUUAGCUCGACUACACUACGUCGACGCAAUCACAGCAACGAAUAAUGCGCUCCGACAUCCGCAGAGAGUGAGGGAGGACAACACUCUGGUGGCGGUGUGGCUACUUUCAUUGUUUGAGCGCCUGACAUGGGAAGCAGGUGGUCCACAUGCACCAGGAGGUCCAUCUGCACAUUCAUGGAGGCAGCACGUGGAGGGUGGCGCGCAAGUGCUUCACUUGCGAGGACGAAAUCAGAUCCGAACAAAGAGCGGCGCGAUGAUUUUCCGAGAGAUGCGGGAUCACAUUAUCAAUCAGUGUAUCGUUCAAGAAAUCGAAGUCCCGGAGUACAUUGUAUCGUGGUCUCAGGCUCUCGAGUACGAUCCGAUGAACACCCCGGCGGACCAACUUGCCAUUCUGUCCUCGAGGUUCGCUAGCAUCAAAGCUCAUUACCGAGAGCGUUCAAAGACGGAUCAAGAGCUCAUUGAGCUGGCGAAAAUCCUGGAAACAGACCUGCUCGGCUGGUCCGAACGCACAAUGGCCUCUGGCUCAGUAUGCUCAUUCUACGACGUGCACGAUCCGGAUUCCAAGCACGCGUGGAACGGCACAAGACACGAAUACGGCAUCCCACAAGCGCAUCGAAAAUGGAACAUUUGGCGAUGUCUACGCAUCACCCUCAGUCGCCUCCAGGAAGCAAUGUGGAGACGGUCAUGGCCGAUGUUUACAACAGGAGCAACAGCCUCCAUGCCUGACUUGGAGCAUUUCAGCACUGUUCGAAAUCGAAUGAUGAACGACAUCUGCAUCGCGGCCGCUUACGCUCUGGGCAAUAGUCCUGACAUGCCGGCGCCGAGCAAGGCUAGCGUUUCCAGCGGUCUUCUCCUCAUUCUGCCACUCACCCUAGCUGGAACAUGUCUGCUCGAACGAUUGUCAAAUCCGGUAGUGAGUCCUGGUGGCAACCGAAUGAUUCUCGUCGACCAGCCGCUGCAUGGUAAUCUGUUCGACGAGGCAUCCAUACAGUUAGGCUGGGUCAUCGAGCGGUUGGAGUACAUAUCCCACAGAAUCGGAGUGCGAUGGGGCUCGCAUAUGGCGCGUUUCUUGAAGGGUGAAAACAAAGUGUACUAUGAUUUGGGACGAUCGCGAGCACUGAAGAACGAAGCCUUCGAUACCCAGGAGGCGGAGAUCUUGGACUGGGGCGGUCUGAUGGACCUUACGGACCUGAUGGAGAGUGAGUGACCGAACGAGACUUAUGCGACUGGAUCGCACAGGCACUAUAUGAUACACCUACGU